AAACGUUUAGGGCUCUGCUAGUGGCUGCAGCAAAGCCAAAUUAAUUAGUCCGUCACUCAUCACCCUCGUUUCGAAUUUCGAUCGCACUCUUAUCGUCAAAUCGCCCUAGGAAUUCCCUCAAGUGUAUUUACGAGAAUGUCUCGUGUUUAUGUCGGAAAUCUGGAUCCUCGGGUCACUGAGAGGGAUCUGGAAGACGAGUUCAGGAUUUUCGGCGUUCUCCGCAGUGUAUGGGUUGCUCGAAGGCCACCAGGAUAUGCAUUUGUUGAGUUUGAUGAUCGAAGGGAUGCUAUUGAUGCAAUCCGUGAAUUGGAUGGCAAGAGUGGUUGGCGUGUGGAACUUUCUCAUAAUUCGAAGGGUGGCGGAGGCCGUGGUGGUCGCCGUGGUGGGGGUGAGGAUUUGAAGUGUUAUGAGUGCGGUGAACCUGGUCACUUUGCUCGUGAAUGCCGCUUGCGCAUUGGUUCACGAGGCCUGGGAAGUGGGCGACACAGAAGCCCCAGUCCUCGUCGCCGUAGGAGUCCAAGUUAUGGGUAUGGGCGCAGGAGCUAUAGUCCACGUGGGAGAAGAUCUCCUCGGCGCCGCAGCAUAUCACCUCGUCGUGGUCGCAGCUACAGCAGGUCACCUCCUUAUCGUCAUUCUCGUCGUGAUUCACCUUAUGCUAAUGGAGAUUAAAGUGUGGACAUGAGCUGAAGCAAAUCUGAAAUGACAUCUAUGGCAAACUAAUAUGCAAUACUGUAGUUCUAAUAGGUUCAGUGAGCAAAAGAGAUUUAUGUUACUUAUGUUCAUUUCGUGACAAUGAGGUUGUUAGAACUUGUGGUUUUGCAUGGCUUCUACUCUGCAAAGUGUUUCAGCCACCAAAAGGGGUGCCUUGGACACCGUUUUGCGUCGGCUUGCUGUCUUCAGCAUUUGAAACUGGAGGUCCCUUUCUUACUUCAUAUUGUUAUCUACUUUUAUUUAUCUGUUACGUUUUUAUGUUUACUUAGUUACUAUGGUAAGUUUAUCUUUAUGAGGUAGAAGAUUCUAAAGGGUUUAUAUGUUUUGUUUUGAGGUGUGAUUUUGAAGUAAAACAGCAUCCUUUCGCCACUUUACUGCAUCUUAGUGCACAUGGUUUCCCCCACUCAUUGCUUCUCUGCACCACUUCAUCUACUCGUCGUCGCUCCUGCAUAUUGUAAAAGCUUGAGUUACUUGCUAGUAACAACAAUUUGGUUGCAACCUUGUUGUGGUGUAUGCAUCUGCAACAAAGCUUCUAAUUUUUUUAAGAAGAUGAAGCUGUUAAUUGGUCUCCUGUUAUUAGCUUCUCUGCUUCUCGUCAUCUACUUGUAGUAUUGCUUCAUAUUCAGCUAGAAACUGCAAUUGCCAAAAACUGAGAGCAGACCCUUUCUUAGCAUGUGCUCUUCUGCAACAAAGAGUUUGAUCUAGCUUUGACCUUUGCUUCCAUGGUAGCUGAUCUGGAGGGUGUCGAUACCAAUUUAUCUUGGUCUUGUCUAGUACAAUUUUUUGAUAAUGGGUAAAUGUUCAUAUAUUUGCUUGGAGACAUGUUGGUAGCUGAUGGUAUGGCACCUUUUCUGUCUCCAUUGUGACAACAUGUUUUUGAAGGUUGCAUUCAGCGUGGAAGCUGCUACAACCUGCACCAACUUUAUUGUUGAUCAUCUAAGUGAUGAUUAUCGGCAAAGGCUUGAAGGAAAGUUGGUGGUAAGUAACGGUCCUGCCUUCUGCUGUGUCUUUCCUCGUUUUCCCUCCUUUAUAUUUGGGUUGAGAGGAGGGGGGGUGGAGGUUUCUUGUAUAUUUGCUAUUCCGUUUGGCCGCUGUAUUUCACAGAAAUUUUGAUACGUUAAUAUGGCUAAUGGUAAAUGGUUGGACUUGCCCUUUCGGCCCA